AUGGGAAGCAAGGCUCUGCCAGCCCCCAUCCCGCUGCACCCGUCCCUGCAACUCACUAACUACUCCUUCCUCCAGGCUGUGAACACCUUCCCCGCAGCUGUGGACCAGUUGCAAGGUCUGUACGGACUCAGCGCCGUGCAAACCAUGCACAUGAACCACUGGACAUUGGGCUACCCCAAUGUGCAUGAAAUCACCCGCUCUACCAUCACGGAGAUGGCGGCGCAGGGCCUGGUGGACUCCCGCUUCCCUUUCCCCGCGCUCCCCUUUGCCACGCAACUCUUCCACCCCAAGCAAGGGGCCAUCGCCCACGUCCUCCCAACAUUGCACAAGGACAGGCCCCGCUUUGACUUUGCCAACCUGGCCGUGGCCGCCACGCAGGAGGACCCCCCCAAGGUGGGGGAGCUCGCCAAGCUGAGUCCCGGACUGGCCUCGCCCCUGUCGGGCAUCAGCAAGCUGUCCCCGGACAGGAAGCCUUCCCGCGGCCGCCUGCCCUCCAAGACGAAAAAGGAGUUCAUUUGCAAGUUCUGCGGCAGGCACUUCACCAAGUCCUAUAACCUCCUCAUCCACGAGCGAACCCACACGGACGAGCGGCCUUACACCUGCGACAUCUGCCACAAGGCUUUCCGGAGGCAGGACCACCUGCGGGACCACCGGUACAUCCAUUCCAAAGAGAAACCCUUCAAGUGCCAGGAGUGCGGGAAGGGCUUCUGCCAGUCCAGGACCCUGGCGGUCCACAAAACCCUACACAUGCAGGAAUCUCCACACAAAUGCCCCACAUGUGGAAGAACCUUUAAUCAAAGAAGUAACCUGAAAACUCACCUUCUUACCCAUACAGACAUCAAGCCCUACAACUGCGAGCAGUGCGGCAAAGUGUUCAGGCGAAACUGUGAUCUACGGCGGCACAGUCUAACUCACACCCCGCGGCAGGACUUCUAG